AUGUUUACAUCUUCGAAACGUCGUCGAGAACAUUCGCCAACUAGUUCAUCGUCUGAAAAUGAGGAUGAGGUUAGAAAUCAGGUGAAAAAACUACGGAAAUUACUGGAUCAAAAGUUAAGGGAAAAACGAGCACGAGUUGUACCCACAACACCCCUACGGGACUUACCUCUUCCCUCUAAAGAAAAUAACGCAAGUUUGGGGCUGGAAGACGGCAUUGCCGCCUCCUUUUCACCUCAUUCUGAACGGCCUUCUGACUGGGGACCUGAAGAAGAUGAGAAUGCAAUCCCUUUAGAUGAGGAAACUCUUCAACUUUUGGGUUAUCACACGCAUGCGAAAAAACAGGAAGCUCCAACAAUUCACAAGAAUAUUGCAGAAAUUUGGACAAAAAUUUUCCAAUCGGGAUUACCAUCUGAUCUUCGUGCCACUUUAUUUGAAAAAUAUCCGGCUUUCUCUAAUUGUCGGCUUAUGGAAGCACCAAAAUUAAAUGUGGAAGUUAAAAAAUCGGUUACAGAAGCUACUGUGGCCCGUGAUUUACGAGUUGCUGGUACACAGACCAAAAUUUGUGCUGGAAUGUCCGCUAUUGGUGGUUUAUUGAAUCUAGCCCUGUCAGGAGAACAAUCAUCCGAUAUUACUCGCCAAAUUAUUGAACGUGCGAGUGAUGCCGCACGUAUCUUUGCUGAUAUUCACUUCGACCAGUCUCAAGCACGCCGAGCCAUGAUUAAAGGUGGUUUAAAUAAAAACUUGGGUGAGACUCUGUUAGAGGAAUGUGUUGACGGCUGGCUAUUUGGCAAUAAUUUACGGGACCGUAUCCAAGCUGCAAAAGCUCUUGACAAAACAUCUGCAGAGCUUCGAGUGCGUCCUACACCUGUAACUGUAACCGCACCAAAAACUCAAAAGUCUACUCAUUUAAACUUCAACCGUCCACUUCGACAACCACAAAAGCCCUCUCGUCAAAGUGGACACAGACCACAACAGCAUUAUCAGGGCAAACAGAAACUCACUGCUCUUCCAGAAAAGUUCAGGUACCAGACCAAACCCAACCAUCGUUCAACUCGUCAUCAUUAG